CACUUUUUAGAGAGCAGCAGUUUGUCCCUCUUCAGCUUCCGUGUCUGCCUUAGUACUAGUUUGAAUGUUCAGCGCGGUUUCUUUGUUGAAGGAGAUUAUUUUUAGAUCAGACAGCAACAAAAACUCGGGUCCAAUAUUGUUCUUGAACGGAAUGGCCUCCCAUCCAGUCAACGAGGGCGCGUAUAAAACCCCUAAAAGGGUCGGGUCAAAGGGCUCCAACAGCAGCAGCUGUGGUGACAGCACCCCUGUCACCAUCCCCGCAUCACCUUUCAUGAAGAAGCUGGGCUGCGGGACUGGAGUCGACGUUUACCUCAUGAACAGAGUGGGAAAGCUGAAUGCAUCGCCUUGGGCUGUGAAGAAGAUCAACAGUAGAUGUGCAUCCAAACAGGCGGACGUUUAUCAGAAACGUCUCAAUGAGGAGGCGGAGGUCCUAAAGGGAAUCGAUCACCCAAACAUUGUUGGUUUUCGUGCCUUCACUACAGCCAAAGACGGCUCCAAAUGCCUGGUGAUGGAGUACGGAGGAGAGCAGUCCCUCAAUGACCUGAUCGAGAAGAGGAAGGAGGAAGGUCUGACCGCUUUCCCUGCCGCUGUUAUAGAGAAGGUGGCUCUGCAUGUGGCUCGUGGCCUGAUGUAUCUCCACAAUGAGAAGAAGCUGCUGCAUGGCGACAUGAAGUCGUGCAAUGUGGUCAUCAGAGGAGACUUUGAGACGGUGAAGAUCUGUGAUGUUGGCGUUUCUCUGAAGUUAGAUGAGAACAUGAUAGUGGCUGACCCAGAAGCAGAGUACAUCGGCACAGAGCCAUGGAAUCCCAGAGAAGCAAUAUUAGGAGGAGAGAUCACCGAUAAGGCGGACAUCUUUGCUUUCGGUCUGACUCUGUGGGAGAUGAUGACUCUGGCGAUGCCUCAUGUGGAUUUGCUGGAGAAUGAUGAAGAGGAGGAAGAAUAUGAAGAAGACUCAAUGGAGGAGACAUUUGAUGAUGAAGCCUACUAUGAGCGUUUAGGAACACGACCGCCUCUGGACACGGAGGUUCUGGGCAGCCCGUACCGCAGGGUGGUGGAGCUCUUCUGCGUCUGCACAUCAGAAUGUCCUAAGAUGAGACCAUCGGCAGCUCAGAUCGUCCAGGCUCUAGAGGACAACGCUCCUCUGGGCACGGCUGCGGAGGCGGCGAUCGUUAUCGACUGAUUCACUCAACAAGCACAUGUUUACAUUUCGGUCUAAAUCAGAAGUUCUCAGUUCAUAUUCCCCACAUUUGUUUGUUCUGUAGAUUGUUUUUGUCUGUCAGCUUUUCCUGUAAGUAUUUGUAUUUGUUUGCGUUUCUGUCAAACAGUAAAUGUUACAAUUCUAACAA